CUCUCCCCAGCGCGGGGGGUUAAAUCCCGCCUGGAGCCGCUGCCCGGGCCGGUGUGACGACGACCCCGGCACCAGGCGGUAGCCAGGCCUGAGCAGUAGCCAAGAUGGUCACGUUCCCGUGACGGAAACCGCAUCUAGCUGCCAAACGGGGGGGCUGCUCUGCGUGUCGUCACCCCGGCCCCGCAUGGCAGCGGGCUCCGCCCCUGAGCGCCGGGCGAGGAAUUAAGACAGAAUGUUCUCAUCUGUGCACACACAGAAUAACGAUAGUCUAUCAGAGUUGCAUGUUCAAAAAAAGUUGUCUUCUCCUGAUGUUGCUGAGGGAACAAGACAUGCACUACCUAUUACACCUGGAGAAGCAGCAAACCUCUGUUCAUUGAUUCAGUCCUGUGAAGAUUAUUUUAGAAUCAGAAAAGUCAACCAACAUGGAAAAUAUUUUACAGGUCUAAGUGAAGAAGCAGACCAAUUUUCAGCGUGCAUGGAGGAAGAACCCUUGAAGCAGAAUUGGAGUUCAUUUACCAAAGUUAUGGAUAAACAUCAGACCAAGCUGAAAGAACUGUCACCCCAGUUCAAAAGCAGAUCACAGGAAAACUUCCUAGAACCAAACCUGAGUGAAACUGAAAUGAGAUGGUUGAAAGAAGAUGAAAUUGCCACAUUACAGGAAAAGCUUCUUGAAGCAGAGAUGGCAAUCAGUUCAACAGAAAUGUUUUUGCCUUCAUUUAAAGUCACUAUUGCUGGAAUGACAAAUGUGUGUGACCUUUCUACAUCAGAUAUGAUUAAGAUUUCUAAACAAGAGGAUUUACUGAUAAAGGAACUAGAGGCUCUCAAAAACAUAAAAGGAUUGUUACUACACCUACUUAGAACAACAGAGCAUAAAGAAAUAAGCAGUAAACAAAUUGACAUUUUGAUGCAGAAGUUAACUGAAAGUGAAACUGAAAAUGAUGGUCUCAGAAAAGAAACGCUUGAAACAGAGAAGCAUAUUGUAGAGCUUUCUUCUCAGCUUCAAAAGGAAAAAGCAAAUGCACUAAAAGCAGACCACCUAUCAAAGUCAGUAGAAGCUGUACAAGCCCACCUGCAAUGCCAGAUUCAAAAAAAGGAGGCGGAGAAUGAUCAGUUGAAAGCAAAAAUACAGACUCUGGAAAAGAAAAUAACUGAGUGGAAGCUUCAAAUUGGCAAACACAAGCAUCAAAUUUUAGCUGUAAAGGAAACAAAUGAGCAAAAGAAGAAAGCUCUGAAAAAAGCAACCAGAGCCCAGAAACAAAGAGCUGAAUGUUUUGAAGCAUCUGUUGAAAAACUAACUUCCAAAAUUAGAAAGAGGGAAGUCAAAUUGUCUGAAGUACUUUCAGCUUCCAGUGUCUGGAAAAAUCAUCAUGAGAAGGCUGUAGAAGAAAAGACUCGGUUAGAGGUUCAGUUUGAAACUCUGAAGAAGCAGAUCACAAACCUUUUGGAGGACCUGAAAAAAAUACAAGAUUGUGGAAGAAAUUCAAAUGAAGAAAUCCAUGGAAAGCUUAAUUCUAUCAAUUCAGAAAGUGCAAAUGUUCGUCUUGAAAAUGCAAAAUUAAAGGCUUUACUUGCUGCUUUGGAAGACAACACUGUUUCGGCUGAAGCUGAACUCUUAAAUCUGCAAGAAAAAGUAAAGCAGCAGGAAAACCUUGCUGAACAGUAUAAAACUCAGGUACAAAAAUUACAAACAGAAGCAGAAGAAUUGAAAGCCAGAUACGAAAAAGUGUUAAAUGAAAACAAAAUAAUAACAGAAGCCAAAAAUGUAGAGAUUAGUGAGGUGAGGAGCCAGAUACAGGCUCAGUUGAAGGAGUUAGAACAUGUUCGUGACUUACUGAAAGUAGCUGAAGAGAGGCUGCUGGAGUAUCAGGAAAAUCUGUUGUCCUACAAAAGGAGCUAUGCAGACAAAUCCAAAACCAUUAGGGAGCUACAGGUUCAGAUGGAUGACAACAACAGGUUCUUGAGAAACCAUUCUUUGGAAGAGGAAAACUGUAACAUUCAGAAGAAAUAUGAAUAUCUUAAAAGACAGUUAGAAAGGAUGGAAGUACAAAAUGAAGAACUUGCACAUCAGCUGGCAAACCAAGAGGAGAGUCUUCAGCGCAGUGAAUUGCAGCUUAAAGAGAAAUUAGCAGAAUAUGAUGCUUUAGCCAGACAGUUGGAGGCUGCUUUGGAAGAAGGCAGAAAAAAGGAGUCUGAAGAGCUUGAAAAAAUGUCAUCCAAGGAGAGAGCUCUUCAGACAAAAAUAUUGACUCUGGAAACCGAAUUAAGAGAGAGACGAGAGGAGCAAAAGCGACUUGUCUGCAAAUUAAACAAUAGAGAGAAACAUCAGGAAGUAUGUUUGAAAGAAUUAGAGCACACUCUACAAAAAUCAGAAAACCAGAACCACAGCAUCCACAUGAAGGAAAAACUGUGCAAUCUCCAUGAAAGAUGUGUUCCUGUUAUUCAAUGUACUUCCAUUGCUGUAGAAAUCUCACUGGAUUCAAUUUGCAUUCCAGCUACCAUGAUGGUAAUAGAAAUACUAUUCUUAAUAUUUUGUAUAUGUAAUAUAUAAUUGAAAGAAAAUCCAUUCAAAUUAUCAUGUGGAGGCACUAAAUGUGAUGACAAUCCUCCUGAUAAUGGCCCCAAUUCAACAAGGUAUUUAAGAAUAUCCCUAAUUUUAAGCACAUUAAUAAUUCAUUUGAAGUCAAUGGGAUUACUCAUGUGCCUAAAACAAACCACAUGCCUAAGUACCUAGCUGAACUGGGGCCAGUCUGAAGGAAAAUCCUGAUUAUGUAAAUUGGUUUUCUAUAGCAAUAGUAUAAAAUAUUCUUACAGAAUUGUGAUAUAGUUUUUAAAGGAUAACAGAUUCAGAUAACAUCUAAACAUCUCAAUAUAUAAAUUUUAAGUGUAUAUUAAAUAUCCUAUAAAUCUCCUUUUUAUAUAAAAAUAUAACUGAAGUUACUUAUUUUGUUUUACAUGUACAUGUUUUAACUAUAAUCUUUUCUCAAC